UAGUACGAUCUUUGAUCGACCUAGCUUAUACAUUUCUAAAUAGAUCGAGACGAUUUAUAUUUUGUCAAUAGUGGAAAACUCUAACCAGGGACUUGGAAGACAACACACCACCAAGAUGGCCACGACAAGGUACUGGUGUGGAACAAAUGCCCUUUGCAAUAUGGGGGAGUUUGUUGAUAGAGUGAUUUUAAUAACUGGAGCCAGUUCAGGAAUUGGAGCUGAGACGGCUCUCCACUUUGCUGCAGAAGGAGCAGGUCUUGCUUUAGUGGGUCGUGAUGAAGGGAGACUAGAGAAGACUGCACAGGAUUGCCUGGCAAAAGGCCUAGCAAAGGAUAAGGUACUUACAAUCAAGGCAGACAUGUGUGUAGAAGAAGGUGUGAAGAGGAUCAUGGAAUCAACUAUCACACACUUUGGUAGACUGGAUGUCUUGGUGAACAAUGCUGGAAUAUCCUUAUUUGAUACCCUCACAAGUGAAGCACUACUGGAGAACUAUGACCACACAACGAAGGUUAAUGUAAGAUCCAUCAUCCAACUGACGAACCUAGCGACACCUCAUCUUAUCGAAUCUAAAGGUUCUGUCGUUAAUGUAUCAAGCAUCUGCGGAAAGAGGGUGGUGCGGAAUUACUUGUCCUACAACAUUACAAAGGCUGUCAUUGACCAGUUUACAAGAUGUACUGCUGUGGAUCUGGCUUCCAAAGGUGUUCGAGUCAAUGCAGUAAACCCAGGGACCAUAAUGACCCCAAUUUUUUCCAACCAUGGACUUUCUGAAGAAGAACUUAGAGAGCAACUAGGCAAGGAGCAUCCACUGGGUAGGGUAGGAGAACCGUCCGAUGUGGCAUCGGUCAUCAAGUUUCUUGCGUCCAACGCAGCAACUUUUGUCACUGGAGAAACACUGUCAAUAGAUGGCGGCAGACAAUGCUCCUGUGCUGAGGGUUACCCAUUUACUUUCGGGGAGUAAAAAUCGCCUAGCAUAACGAGAAAUUGCUCUAAAAACAAUAUUUUGUAACAAUAAAAACCUUCAAAUGUUUCGGACAAUGAGAUGUGAUAAUUUUGAUUCCCAAUUUUUAUGGGAAUGAAAGGGUUGGCUGUCAACAAUGAAUGCUAUACAUGUAUUUUUAAUUAUGAUGGACCAAUUAAGUGCAAAGUGCAAUAUGAUGUGGGAUAUGGGGAAAGUAUUUUUUUCUUUUAGGUACCUUUUGGGUGUAAAAUUUCAGGUGGGGGGGGGGGCACGUUUAAUGUGCUGAAAAGAUGGAUGUUGAGUCCUGGUAAAGAUUAACAUAUAAUCUGUGAGCUACCCGUUCGUUUUAUGUCAGUUCGGAAGAUAUGUAUCUCCUGAAAAGAAGCUUCAAAUGCCCUCAAAUUAUAAAUAUGAUAAAGUAUAGCUAGCUGAAAAUUUUGAACCAAAUUUUAGGCCACGUAUACGUCUCCUGAGUGCAGAAUAUGUGUCUGUCAGUAAGAUUGAGUUAAUGGAAGGCUGAAAUUUGUGUUUGUAGCCUAAGAAAGCUUACUAUAUAAUUGUUAUCCAUCAAUGUCUUUUCAUAUGAUCAUUCUAAAACCUCACGAUGUCGAUUCUUAUAUUCUACAUAAUCAACGUUCCCAAUUUCUUUCAGACAGUUUUUUUUUUCACAAUGUGAUCACGUGACCUGUAUUUAAAUUUGUCUUGCCAUGGGUGCAGACCAGCAAUAAAAGGUACAACCUAGUGAAUUUCCAAUGCCAAUGGGAUGGCAAACGAGUUGUUUUCAACAUUACCUUAGUGUUAGAUCACAUUAUUGCAA